AUGUCAUUGUUCGCUUGUGUCGUUUUGCUGCAGCUUGCCGUACUCGGCUUUGCGGCUCCUCAACCAUCGAGUGCCCUCGUCGAGCGGGAUUGGGGCAUGAUGUACAAUAUCAAAUUCAACGUCACAGGUAACUGUGCAGACGUGGGCGAUUUCACGGCCUCGGAGGUCGCCCCCACCACUAUCUUUGUGCAAGAAGCAGUCGAAGGCAAAGCGACUGGCUUCAUUUUAACCGAAGCCAUUUCGAAUCAGGUCACCUUACACGGUAGCGACAGACACGAUGGCCUGCGCGUGCAGAUACGAGCGAGGGUCAUGUUGGCGGACCAUCAGCCGCUGAGCAUCUGGUCGGAAGAGGCCGAAGAAUGCUGCGCAGCUUUCAUGACCGCGCGCUUCAAGCUCUACUAUGAAACGCGCAAAGUCUACGUUGUCAGCGUAGUGAUGGACAGCUACUGUUCGCCCAACCCUGCAGCGUAUGCCAGAUACGACUGCAAGCCGACAAAAGAAUGGCCACAGGAGCAAAAGUGCAGUGUCGGGCGAAAGAUUCUCAUAGCCGAUGGUUUGCAAUACCAUGUCUGAGCAGAUCAGACUGUGUGUGCAGGCACGAGAUGCAGUGUUGCGGCUUGAGCCAUCCUUGGAAGGACAAUUGCGCCCUGAAGAAUGCAUUUCCUAUGCCUGCUCGAUCUCGAAAGCCUGGAUCUCUGUUGUCUCUGUCGAAGGCACAGACGGUCUCUUGAAGGGUAUCUCCUUGCCGUUGGCGCCAAAGUAUGACUCGCUUCGGGGACAGUCCGCCGCCACUGCAUCAUGUCAGAUCCUAUGUCAGCAAUCAAGACGAGACCCACGCUGGUAUUUCCGUUCGCAAUGAGGAUCACCCGGUCCAAAUUCGUCUGGAAAGCAGAAGCGUGCUGUGCUACACAUCAGCCAACUUUGC